AUGCCUUUCGGAUGUGGCCAUCUAAACAAGGUACCCAAACUGAACCGCGCACUUGCCGGUGAGCGUUACGGUGGUCCACUCCAAAGUGAACGUGAUGUGAUCACAGCUAUUCGGGAUUGGUGUAUUUUGCUUGUCUCUGACUGGUUUCUAACAAUGGAAGGUGAUCACGAGGUUGUCAGUAAUUAUGAGUUUUCAUGCGACUCAUUUGAUCGUAUGAAUUUAAAGGAGGGCUUAUUACGAGGCAUAUUUGCCUAUGGCUUUGAAAAACCUUCAGCCAUUCAACAACGUGCCAUCCUCCCUUCCAUUGAGGGUCGCAACGUGAUCGCUCAAGCCCAGUCAGGUACUGGGAAAACGGCCACAUUCAGUAUUGCCAUGCUUCAGCAGAUCACCACAACCGAUCCACGCUGUCAGGCCUUAGUCCUGGCACCCACGCGAGAAUUGGCCAAACAAAUACAGACGGUUGUUAUGGCUUUGGGUGACUACAUGGAUAUCACGUGUCACGCCUGUAUUGGCGGUACUCAAGUUUCUGGGGAUAUGGAACGGUUACAAGCUGGACAGCAAAUUGUGGUCGGUACUCCGGGUCGUGUACUAGAUCUCAUACACCGGGGUUAUUUGCGCACGGAGGCGAUACGAAUUUUCGUACUGGACGAAGCGGAUGAGAUGCUCAGUUUGGGAUUCAAGAAUCAGAUCAAAGAGAUUUUCCGCUGCUUGAAUCACGAUGUCCAAGUGAGUGAAAAGUAG